CAGUCAUGGAAAACAAUCAUCCUUGACUGCAAGGGGUUUUCAAUGAUGGCUAUUUGUUUUCAGGAAGUUUGUGAGUUUUGGUUAAACAUCUGUCUGGGUUGGGGGGAGGUUAAGUAGGGGUGGUGCUUCUGUGAUCCAAGGGUUGGACUAGGUGACCUCUUGCAGCCCCCUCAGCCCUGUUUUUCUAAGAUUCUGUUUUUAAACUCUUCCCCUGAGAUAGAAGGGCACCCUUGAGUUGCUUUUACAAAAACAAUAAAUGUGUGAAGCCAUUUCUACUGAAGCAGUUAAAUUAGCAGCAUCUGAAGCAUAAGCCCCAAGCAAGUCCUCAACUAGAGUUAGCACUCAAGCAUAUGAAAUACAAAACAUAAUCCCUUUUUUUUUUUCCAUGGGAAAAGUGGAUGAUUAAAAGAAUCAAAACAGCCAUUGUAAUGAAAUAGUCUCUCCUUUUUGGCUGCUAGACACAGGUUGUGACUUAACUUUCAGUUUGCUACCUUCUAUGGGAAAUUAGGAAAUCUGUGACAAAGAUAACACUGCCCACUGACCCCAGAGGAAACAGGAAGCAAAAACGGAAGCAAGUCAUUGCUGAGAUGUCUCAUUUGACCACACUGCAUGGUGUGGAAGCAAAAGCAGUUAAGGCAGGGUUUCUUUUUCUUUUCUGUAUAUGAGACCUCAAGCUACAGCAGCAGCCACCACAGAUACUGAACCUUUAGAUGCACAUGCAGGCAAGAAGCAGAAGGAUGAUUAUUUUUUACCCAAGAGAAACCCUAAGUUGCUAAUGGCACAUUUGAUACAAAGGAAACAUUCAUUUGGUGCAACAUUCAGCAGAAAAAAUAUGUGUCGGCCAGACCUUGUCAUCAGAAUAAUGGCCUCAGAAGAACAGCAUUGGCCAGUCCCAAUGAAGGCGAUUGGAGCCCAGAACCUACUGACAAUGCCUGGAGGGGUUUCCAAGUCUGGAUACCUACACAAGAAAGGAGGCACGCAGCUGCCAAUUAUGAAAUGGCCACUGAGGUUUGUGAUUAUCCAUGAGGGAUGUAUUUACUACUUUAAGAGCAGCACAUCUGCAUCUCCCCAGGGUGCUUUCUCUCUAAAUGGGUACAACAGGGUUAUGCGGGCAGCUGAGGAGACAACAUCAAGCAACGUGUUCCCUUUCAAGUUGGUUCACAUUAGCAAGAAGCACAGAACCUGGUUAUUUUCUGCCUCCUCUGAAGAGGAAAGAAAGAGCUGGAUGCUCUCACUGAGGAGGGAAAUAGAUCAUUAUCAUGAGAAGAAGGAAACAAUAGUAGAUUUCAGCGAUUCUGGUUCCGAUGCAGACAGUUUCUAUGGCUCAGUCGAACGUCCUGUUGAUAUCAAAUACUCCCAUCAUUCCACAGAAAAUGAAGACUAUGACCAGGAAGAGGAUGAAGAAUCUUACUUGCAACCAGAUACUCCAGACUCAUUGAAACCAGAUGAUAACAUGGUCCUCCCACCAGCCUACCCGCCACCGCCAGUUCCUCACAUCAGAAAAGCUGCUUACGCAGAAUCAAGGGCACGCUCUUUUCCGGGCAAAUCCACCGGGCCCCAGCUUCCUCCUCCUCCUCCACCUAAAAGAAGCUUGCCCGAUAUAAAAUCUGAGGACUUCUUGCACGUGAGGGAAUCCCAGCUGCACUGCAGAGCUGAACCUAAUCUCAAGAUGCAGCCAUCAAACAGGAGGAUGAGCGAUGUGCCACCUCCUCUUCCCCCCAUACCUCAUUUCAAAAAGAGUGCCUUCAACAAAGACAGCUGUUCACCAUCACCAGAACCUCUGUCUAUUGGUCAUGUUUUUGCCAGUCCAGAAGGGUGUGAGAAACUAAAAAAUUUAAGCCUUUCCCAAUGGACCCCACCUCCAUUACCAGGCAGCAAACCCAAAAUAGCGCAUUUGUCUGAGAAGCCAAUUGAGGUCAAAGUGCCCAAAGAACUUGGCAAGCCUGGACUGUUUGUGCCACAAGUGCUGCCUAAGCCGCCUUUACCCAGCCAUCCACCACCUCUCCCUGGCCACCCUCCGUCCCUAUUUGGCCACCAGCUGCCUGUGCCUGGCCAUCCGCCACCCAUACCUGGAAUCAAACCUAAACCAGAGAAGGCUGUGCUUCCUCAGUUACAGAGAUCACCACCAGAUGGACAAAGUUUCCGUAGCUUCUCAUUUGAAAAACCAGCCAUAUCUUCAAAGCAAAACCACUCUGAAGAUUCUGAUGAAGACUAUGAAAAAGUUGAGCUGCCUAAUUCAGUAUUUGUUAAUACUUCUGAAUCCACUGAUGUUGAAAGGAUGUUCAAAACCACCAGCCCAAGAGGACAGCCCCAAAAUGGAUUAUAUUGUAUUCGGAAUUCAUCUACCAAGCCUGGAAAGGUAUUGGUUGUAUGGGAUGAGUCUACAGAGAAAGUAAGGAACUACAGAAUCUUUGAAAAGGAUACAAAGUUUUACCUGGACUCAGACACCAUGUUUCUGAACCUUGGAAGUUUGAUUGAGUACUACUCCACCCAUGUCUUACCCAGCCAUGACACCCUCACUCUCGGAUGUCCUUAUGGCUACUCUGGACCAAGGUGACGCAACCUGUAUAAUUCACUGACUGAGGUAAAAGGCACUGUGGAAAGAUGGGCUCUUAGAGGAAUGGUAGUUCCUACGAGCCUAUAAAGUGAACAGAAUAGCCACGCUGUUCGGCUUGACUGGGUUCGUUCUUUGCACACAUGAAGACUGAGUUUGUUUCAACCACUUGUCCCACGGAGUAUGGAUUGCAUACAGACUUCAUCUAAUGAUCCCUUUGGUAAAAUUUUCCAAUCCUGAUCACUGGACUUUGUUGGGCCUUUCUCCAAAGAAAGCAGUUUGGCUAUGCUGUGAGAAGUCUUUGCAAGAUUCGUGCCUUUUGUAGAACCGCUGCUAUUACUUUCCUAGGCAUGUGGAUGUGAAGCUGGAGGAUGGACAUGGCCAAAGCAGUGUUGUGAACAAAACCAGUAGGAAUAAGGAACUUCUGAAAGUAAAGCACAAGCUUCUUGUGCUCAGGAAUACUAACUGACUGACAUUCACGCUUUGAGUCAAUAUUGGUGCUUGACUGAGGUUUUGUAGUAAUUUAUAAUUAACUUGUAAAUAAAUAACUAGAGUAUUUCUGGCAAAAGUUGGAUUCUGUGUGGCCAGAGGAAAUCAAAAGGGCCACCUCUGAAGUCAGACCUUGCAAAAAAACAUCCUCUGAUCACUGUAUCUGACUUCCAGGGUGUACCACAAGUACCUCCCCAGGGGACUGCUCAUCUUGGAGCUCAUCUCAGUUUUCUAUGAUGCUCAGUGUUAGCCACUCAGGACAGUUGUGGAAUAGUAUUGAUUUUACUCUAAGGAAAGCUCUGUUAACUAGUUCUCAGCAGGGAGAGUGGUACCACUUUUUUUCUCUUCCUGAGUGCAUGGGAAAAGAGAAAAAGAACAUGUGAGCUAAAGUGGAGAAAACUCUGGAGCAUACCCCAGAUUCUCCUCAGAAGGCCCCUACAGAAGGAAGGAACAAGAAAGAUGGGCCUAAUAUUUGAAUCACUAAUGAAUAAUUUAUAAAAUCUUAUUAAAACGCUUGGAUUAAAUU